CUCUUGGUGCUGAAGAAAAGCGUCUCCUCUCCGCCUCGCGCAGUCAGACAGCCGCUCGCUCGGUUGGUCCACAGCCGUCAGCUGCUCCCGCCGCCGCUGGAUUUCCCGCGUUAGCGCUCAGAACAGGAGGCUACAGACGGAGGAAAAAAACUACCUGCACCGCGUCUACAUUUUACCUGAAACCCACGCGGGAGAGAGGUCCUACAAGUCGUGAGGAAAUGGUGACGUUUGAAGAUGGAACCCUCGUGAAGUGGUUGCUCGAGUCCUCACAAUCAUAGAUCCACUGUCAAGGGAAAAUCUCUCACUAUGGCAACCCCACUGUGGCCCCAGUCUUUGCUCCUUGUCCCGUACUGUAGAAGGUGUCAUUGUUGAGGAAGGGAAAGUCAGACUUAAACGAGCUUGCCUGUGAAGAUGAGAAAUGACCCAAACCAUGUAGUGUAGCUUUCUCCAAAGAGGGGGAGGAUCUACACUUAAGUUGGGUUUAUUAUUUAUUACUAUUUUAAAAUUGUUUACAGAGAUACAGAUCUGCACUAAAACGUUUAUGGACGCUGUGUGCGAGGUGAGGAGAAAGUGACAGAAGAAGAAAGAGAGAGAGAAAGAAGGAAAGACAUGGUCCUCCACACCACCCCUUAUUCCAGUGCCUGUCUGCACUUCCUGGAUGGCUUAUCGUGGAGCUUGGUGUUCCCUUGCUACUGGCUACUGGACCGCCUCCUGGCCUCAUGUGUGGCCACCUCCCUGGAGAAGCGCCAGCGCUCCCAAGACCCUUGCUCCUUCCUCACCUUCUGUGUCCUGAUCUCUGCGCCCCUGUAUCUGCUCCUACUCCUCACCUCCCUGCCUUUUGCCCUCCUGGGCUUCAUCAUCUGGGCUCCUCUGCAGGCCAUUCGUCAGCCUUACCUGUACACCUACCACAGACCGGACAAACACCAGGCCGAGCAGGGCCAGGCAGGGCCGGGUGGCAUAGGUAUUGGGGAAUGGCGGCCACAGGGCAGGAGCUUCUGUUUCUGCAGUGCCAACGUAUGCCUGUUGCCUGACUCCUUGGCCAGGUUUAACAACCUGUCCAACACCCAUAGGAGAGCCCGCGAGGUGGGGAAGAGGAUCCGCAAUGGUGCCAGCCGCCCUCAAAUAAAAAUUUACAUUGACUCACCCACCAACACUUCCAUCAGUGCGGCAUCCUUCAGCAGCCUUGCCACAGGUUUCCGUCGUACCUCCUCCUUAGACCACCGUCCAGACCAAACACACACCACCAAUGGCCCGGCCGACACUGAAACUGAACCGCUCACUGAGUGCCCUAUUCACCCCUCAGGUGCUACCGACUGCCCUGUUCACCCUGCUGUAGGAGACCAGGGCUCCUUUGGAUGCCCCCUUCACUCAGAUGGAGACACCACGGCAGACUGCCAACUCCACCCAACAGGGACUAACAACAACUCAGACUGUCCAGUUCACACCUCAGGAGAGGCUACAGACUGCCCCAUGCAUUCCACAGGGCAUCAGCCUGUCCCUGGCCAUCAUGACUGUCCCAUGCAUGGUGAAGGGACCCAGGCAAAACCCUCCACAGACUGCCCACUUCACACCUCAGGGGUUCAAAUCAGCAUCAGUGCACCAGAACCAGACCCACAGGAAGAAGAGGCCGAAACAGGGAACCAUCGAGCUGGGGAUCAGGCAGGAGGAGACACAAGCAGCAUGACUGCGUCCAGGGAGUCCCUUUCACGUUACCAUGGAGGUGACACUGGAGUAGGGAUAACUUCUAACAAUACUCUCACCCACGUUCCUCGCACAUCAAUCUUCAAGCGCCCAGGACGAAAACGCCGCCAAGGUGAUGAGACGUUCGAUCAUGAGAUCUCUGCCUUUUUCCCUGCAAAUUUGGAUUUCCUGGCUCUGCAGGAAGUGUUUGACCAUGGAUCGACAACUAGACUGCUGAGGCAGCUGCAUCGCUACUUCCCAUACAUCCUGAGCGAUGUUGGCCGUUAUGGCUGGAAAGGAUGCUGCUCCAUGUUCAAAUUCCUGAACAGUGGGCUGAUGCUGGCCAGCCGCUACCCAAUUCUGGAUGCACGGUAUGAGUGCUAUCCCAAUGGAAGAGGAGAGGAUGCAUUGGCAGCCAAGGGGGCACUGUUUGCAAAGGUUCACGUGGGCACCUCCCAUCAGGAGCAAAGGGUGGUUGGAUACCUCACGUGUACUCAUCUUCAUGCCAUAGAAGGUGAUGCUGCUGUACGCUGUGAGCAGCUGGACCUGUUGCUCCGGUGGGGAGCCGAGUUUCGUCAGUCUUCGUCCCAAAUGCCUGAAGGCGAGAAGGUGCUGGAGGACCUGGUGGCCUUUGAUGUCAUCCUGGGAGAUCUCAACUUUGAUAACUGCUCCUCGGAGGACAAGCUGGAGCAGCAGCAUGCACUUUUUACUCAGUACAAGGAUCCGUGUCGCCAGGGGCCAGGGGAGGAUAAACCGUGGGCUCUGGGUACUUUACUGGAUCCCAGUGGCCUUUAUGAUGACGAGGUCAGCUCCCCUGAAAGUUUACAAAAAGUGAUGGAGAACGAGGAAGGGAGGAAGGAGUACGUGGUGUUUCCUCCCAGUAAGAGCCAAUGUCCUGCCAGCAGUCAGAAGGGAAGGAAAAUCCCACUCAAGGGCAACGGGCGCCGCAUUGAUUACAUCCUCUACAGCGACGAGGGCCUGCAGCAGGACUGGAAACUGGACAUUGAGGACUUCAGCUUUGUCACCCAGUUGGCCGGCCUCACUGACCACCUGUCUGUGGCCAUGCGAUUGGCUGUUUCCACUGGGGAAGAGGAGCCUUAGACUGACCAUCCGAGUUAGUUUUUAUUUUUGUUGUUGUUGUUUUUUUUUUGUUGUUUUUUUAAAUACUGCCAUGGAGGAACGACAAGUGAUCUAUAGGCGAGGAAAGGAUUGAGAGAGUUUACAAAUAUGGAGGCUCUUAUGAGGGGAACAUGCAGGUCUGCGAGGGACAGUGUGUUGGAGAAAUGAAAGCGUGGAGGAGUGCUCAGCGGAUGAAUGGAUGUUCAGUAGGUAGAUGAGAGCAACAGCAGAGAUGCUCUUUAAAAAAAGAGAACUCUGGGAUGGAAAAGAGAAGGGAGAUAUUCUUACACACACACACACACUCGCUCCGUUCCCCUCUUGAAUACAGAGACUUUUAUUUACCGUGAAUUGUUUCAUGUAGCCAUUUUACACACACACACACACACACACUCCUUUAUUGGAUCUGUUUUAGCUGUAGUGUAAGUAUGAUGACUUUACCUUCAGGGACUGUUGGAUCCUCCUUCUUUAGUGACUGUGUUAAAAGAAAAGAAAAAAGUAAAAGAAAGAAUACAUAAUUGAAGUGAUAAGAAUGAAAUGUACAGCUGCUGACCAGCCUUUACACUGCACAUCUGUGUCCCUGUGUUCUGCUGUCAGUCAUUCACCGUACGACUCCCUCGUCACUCCAGGAACCUCGACAAGUGUCUUUUUUUCUUAAACAAAUAUAACUAAAAGUAGUCUUUCUAAAUUCAGAAAAACAACAUGACACAAUUUCUAUUGCCACCGCAUUACUUUUUAUAGUGAGUUCAACGCCUGUUUAAUAAUAUAUUGUAUCUUUCUAACAAGAUUUAUUGUAUAAAGGGAUGAAGCUAAAGAAGACAAAUGUCAUGAAAUGCUGAGAGCAUGUUUUUUUUUCUCGACCAUGAUUGGUGGAAAUGUCAUGGUGAAGGACAUUUUUUUGUCUCUAAGUAUGAACUGAGGAUUUGCUGAUGCAUGAAGGAAAUGGUGUCAGUUUACAGCGUUAAUAUACCUGCUCGAUAUACUUGCUUGCUUGAGAAUGGAUGCCUGAUGAGAUGCAUUUUGGCCUGAAACACACAUUGAGUGUACACACCGGAGAAGCAUUUGUGCAUGUGAGACGAUGAUGGAACUUCACACACACACACACACACACGCACCACACCGUGUGCAGAGGGUGAUGUCGCUUACGUUGGCCGCACUAGGAGUUCCUCCAAUCACAACGUCCAACCGAGUUAUUGUCAGCUUGUGAGCAAACCGGAGAGAAAACCCUCACCGUGCUGUAAGUACAUCUGAGUAGCUGACAAAAAAAAGCAUGCAGCCCAGUGUUUGUGUGUGUGAGAGCACAAACUGUUGCCCCAGCCAUUUGUGACAGCAAGUACAAAAACCCCUGAAGACCCACAUGCAGCACACAUACACACACACACCUUGUGAAACAUGCCGAGUUGCCUACAUGGGCAAAUAAACUGUUACCAACACUUAAAAUGCCCUAUCAGUGUUAGGUAAAUGUCACACACAGAAAAUGUCCAUACAGGGACAUUUUUUUUUUUCCUCUACAUUGCGUCAACUUAAGUUAUCUAUUCCUCUAACCUUUUGUCAUGCUCCUUCUGCUGCCAGCCUGACACCAGAAAUAACUAAAUGUGUAUGUCAUACUCUGAGAGCAGAGCAUCUAACAGAGCUGCACUGGCCAUGGAGUCUAAACUGGAACUGAAACUUUGUAAAGGGCAGAGUUUAGUCACUGUGAAUGUCACGAGGCUUCUAAAGUGCAACAUGUCUAUGUCCCCUGUCAACCCAGUGACGCCGGUGCUCACAGUAUACUGUGUUAAAUAUGGAAGCAGGUCUAAAUGUUAGGAGAUGGAGGCCCGUGGCGUGCCGUGCCGUGCCGUGCCGUGCCGUGCCGUGCCGUGUCAUGCCGUGCCGGUUGAAAAGCGCCACAACAGUUGUCUUUUAGGACAGUAUUAGUUUAAUUAGGUAAUGUCCUUUAUUCAGCAAACUUCUUAUCUUCAAAAUGUUGGUUUUAGUCAUUUAUAUAUCUUUUAUUCUAUUCAACCUUUAUUUAACCAGGAAAAUCCCAGCAAAUACAAAACACUCAACACAGUUGUAGACAAAUGUACACAGUUGAAACUCAAGCAGAAGACAAAUAAAAAGAAAACAAAUUAAGUUUACAAGCGGAUUAUGAUAUGAUAAUGAUGGGUGAUGCACUGGGAACACACACACAUUCAUAUGAAACAACUAUCAAAGACAGUCUGUGUAUUUACAUUACAGUUUCCAUUAAACUUUAACAUUUUAAUUCUG